AUGAAGAAUGGUAUAUUCCUUUCACAAGCAAAGUAUGGUAAAGAGAUGCUAAAGAAGUUCAACAUGGAAGAUUGCAAGCCUGUGAGUACUCCAAUGAUGACAAGUUGUAAGCUUAGCAAAGAUGAUUAUUCUCCUACCGUUGAUCAUAAGAUGUACAGGUCUAUGGUUGGUAGCCUAUUAUAUCUCAUUGCUUCUGGGCCAGAUAUUCUUCAAGCUAUGAAAGGGUUUGAGUUGAUAGCCUACUCGAAUGCAGAUUGGGUAGGUUGUGUAGAUGACAGGAAGAGCACCAAUGGAGUUGCAUUCUAUCUUAGGGAGAGUUUAGUCACAUGGCACAGCAAAAAGCAAGACUCAAUUUCUCUCUCUACAGCUGAAGCUGAGUACAUGGCAGCUACUUCUUGUUGCACUCAGAUACUUUGGAUGAUUCAAAUGCUGAAGGUCCUUCAUGUUGAGCAAGCACUACCAGUGACUAUCUAUUGA